AUGUCGGACCUGCCACGCCGUGGCGUCAUGAGCCUCAAUGGCGCCAUGUCGUACUCGGAGGCAGUCGGUGGGAGCGGGAGCGGUUUCGGAGCCUUUGCCGGCGGCAGCAGCUACGGAGCAGUGCAAGGCAGUCGGUUCCGUAGAGGCAGCAACAGCUACGUCCCUCCGAGCAGCAGUGUGUUCCCCUCGUUUACUGGAGAGGCUGAUCAGCAUGGCCGCUGCCGUGUUGAGGUGGCCAAGGUCGCCGCUCAGCGCGACGCGGCUGUGAAGGAGCUGGCAGCAGCGCAGCGAGUGAUGCGGGCGAUGCCAGUGAGGUCGGCGAGUGUCGGCCGUGACUCGCGUGACGUGACGAUCGAGUCGCCGUCUGUGGUGGCGCUGCGUGGGAGCGUGCUGCGGCUGUUUGAUGCGCACGGGAUGGUUGUGAGUCCGGCGCUGCUGGAGCGGCUGCUCAUUCUGGUGUAUGGGCACUUUGGAAUCCAGCUCGGGCUGAGCGAGGUUGACGAGCUUGUCUCGCCGAUGGCGAGCGGCGGGAGCGCUAAUCGGCUGGGCGUCGGCCUUGCACCAGUGUCGCCGAUCACUCCGGGUGGGCAGGGCUCGCGGCGCGGGCUCUCGUUUGCUGAGCUUUCGCGGUCAGACACUGACAGGGACGAGUCGUCGUCAAGCGAGGCAACGCCGACGUUUGAGGCGAUUGUGGCGGCGCAUGCGGCGGCAGAGGCGAUGGCGGCGUCAUCGCAGGCUGUGAUCUCGCUGGAGGAGCGUCUUGCGCAAUACCGUGGCGAGCGCGACGCGCUCGUGGUCCAGAUCCAGGAAGAACGAAGGGCGCGUGCAGUGGCGGAGGUGGAGAUGCGCGAGAUGGGUGAGCGGAUGGCAACGGCGCAGAGCAAGCUGCAAGAGCAGGUCGGUUCGCUGACGGAGCUCAUGCAGCAAUACCGUGAGCGGGCACUGCGUGUCAAUGACGACGCGGUCGAGCUUCAAGUGCUGUCAGCGCAAAUGAGCCAGCUAGAGAGCCAGCUAGCGACCGAGCGGGAGGAGCUCGCAGCGGCGCUCGAGAGCGCAAUUGUGCUCCGCGAGGAGCUUGCAGCGGAGCGUGCGCUGCGUAAGGCGGCCGAGACGCGAGCGAGUGUGGUGCCUGUGGGUGCUGGCUCGGCUGACACGCGCGUAGCUGCCGCCGAGGCGCGAGCAGGGCUCCUCUCCGAGCAGGUUGCCGAUCUUCAGGCACGAUUGGAGGCCAAGGCGGCGAUGUCGGGUGAUGGCGCGUCACCGGAUGAGCAUGUGCUUGGUGCGAUCCAGAUGAUGCUGACGCGAGUCCUGAAGCGAGUCGAGGGCUUGCCAGCGCUCGCCGAGUCUGUGGCUGCGAUGGGCGAGGUCGACCUCACGGCUAUUGAGGUUGCGCUCGGCGAGAUCAAGACGCAAGUGGCGGUCCCUGUGCCUGGCGAAGCGAAUCUGUCGGCGGUUGAAACCGGGCUGGCUGAGAUGAAGACCGAGGUGAUGAUGGGGCUUGCGACGCUCAAGGCUCGCGUGGACGAGCUGUCGGGAGCGGCGACAAUCGGGACAGGGAUUAACCUGUCGCGUGUGGAAGCUGCGCUCGCGGAGAUCAAGCAGCGUGUGGAGACAAGCCAUGCAACUGCUGAGGGAGCAGCAGUUGUUGAUCUCUCGGUCAUAGAGGCGUCGCUGGUCGAGAUCAAGGAGCGUGUCGAUGCGCCAGAGGUUGUGGAGGUCGAUCUUGCGGGUGUCGAGGCUGGGCUUGUGGCGAUGAAGACGGAGAUGAUGAUGGCGCUGGCUACCCUGAAGGCGCGUGUCGAAGAACUCGCUGUCCAUGCACCGCCAAGCGGGCAAGUGGACCUGUCGUCAGUGGAGGGCAGUCUUGCCGAGAUGAGGACCGAGGUAACGAUGGCGCUUGCUGGGCUGAAGGCCAAAAUCAACGCGGCGGCAGCGGCGGAGGCACCUGAAGCAGCAGACCCCUCUUCGAUCGAGACGAGCCUGAAUGGCAUAGCUGUGGCCCUGGAGGCGGUCAAGUUGCGUGUCGAUGAGCUUCCAGGCGUGGAAGCCGCACUUGUGGAGAUCAAAGAUCGUGUGAAUGCGGAACCUUCGUCUGGCAUCGAACUGUCGUCGGUCAAGGCUGACCUUGCUGAUAUGAAGACCGAGGUCAUGAUGUCUCUGGCGACGCUCAAGGCUCGCGUCGAUGAGCUCCCGGCCGAGGCUGCACCUGCUGCCGAGAUCGACCUUUCGAGUGUGGAGACUGCGCUGGCUGAGAUCAAGGCUCGCUUCGAUAAGCUGCCGGCCGAGGCUGCGCCCGCUGCCGAGAUCGACCUUUCGAGUGUGGAAACUGUGCUCGCUUACAUCAAGGCUCGCGUCGAUGAGCUCCCGGUCGAGACUGCGCUGGCCGAGAUCAAGGCCCGCGUCGAUGAGCUCCCGGCCGAGGCUGCACCUGCUGCCGAGAUCGACCUUUCGAGUGUCGAGACUGUGCUCGCUUACAUCAAGGCUCGCGUCGAUGAGCUGCCGGCCGAGGCUGCACCCGCUGCCGAGAUUGACCUCUCGUCGGUCGAGACUGCGCUGGCCGAGAUCAAGGCCCGCGUCGAUGAGCUCCCGGCCGAGGCUGCACCUGCUGCCGAGAUCGACCUUUCGAGUGUCGAGACUGUGCUCGCUUACAUCAAGGCCCGCGUCGAUGAGCUCCCGGCCGAGGCUGCGCCCGCUGCCGAGAUUGACCUCUCGUCGGUCGAGACUGCGCUCGCUCACAUCAAGGCCCGCGUCGAUGAGCUGCCGGCCGAGGCUGCACCUGCUGCCGAGAUCGACCUUUCGAGUGUGGAGACUGUGCUCGCUGACAUCAAGGCUCGCUUCGAUGAGCUGCCGGCCGAGGCUACCGAGAUCGACCUCUCGUCGGUCGAGACUGCGCUGGCCGAGAUCAAGGCUCGCGUCGAUGAGCUCCCGGCCGAGACUGCACCUGCUACCGAGAUUGACCUCUCGUCGGUCGAGACUGUGCUGGCUGAGAUCAAGGCUCGCGUCGAUGAGCUCCCGGCCGAGACUGCACCCGCUGCCGAGAUCGACCUGUCGAGUGUGGAGACUGCGCUGGCUGACAUCAAGGCCCGCAUCGAUGAGCUGCCGGCCGAGGCACCCGCUGCUGAGAUCGACCUUUCGAGUGUGGAGGCUGUGCUCGCUGACAUCAAGGCUCGCGUCGAUGAGCUCCCGGCCGAGGCUGCGCCCGCUGCCGAGAUCGACCUUUCGAGUGUCGAGACUGUGCUCGCUUACAUCAAGGCCCGCAUCGAUGAGCUCCCGGCCGAGGCUGCGCCCGCUGCCGAGAUCGACCUCUCGUCGGUCGAGACUGUGCUGGCUGAGAUCAAGGCUCGCUUUGAUGAGCUGCCGGCCGAGGCUACCGAGAUUGACCUCUCGUCGGUUGAGACUGUGCUGGCCGAGAUCAAGGCUCGCGUCGAUGAGUUGCCGGCCGAGGCUGCACCUGCUGCCGAGAUCGACCUUUCGAGUGUGGAGACUGCGCUGGCCGAGAUCAAGGCUCGCUUCGAUGAGCUGCCGGCCGAGGCUACCGAGAUCGACCUUUCGAGUGUGGAAACUGUGCUCGCUGACAUCAAAGCCCGCGUCGAUGAGCUCCCGGCCGAGGCUGCGCCCACUGCCGAGAUCGACCUCUCGUCGGUCGAGACUGCGCUGGCCGAGAUCAAGGCUCGCGUCGAUGAGCUCCCGGCCGAGACUGCACCCGCUGCCCAGAUCGACCUGUCGAGUGUGGAGACUGCGCUGGCUGACAUCAAGGCCCGCAUCGAUGAGCUGCCGGCCGAGGCACCCGCUGCUGAGAUCGACCUCUCGUCGGUCGAGACUGUGCUGGCUGAGAUCAAGGCUCGCUUUGAUGAGCUGCCGGCCGAGGCUACCGAGAUCGACCUCUCGUCGGUCGAGACUGCGCUGGCCGAGAUCAAGGCUCGCGUCGAUGAGCUCCCGGCCGAGACUGCACCCGCUGCCGAGAUCGACCUGUCGAGUGUGGAGACUGCGCUGGCUGACAUCAAGGCCCGCAUCGAUGAGCUGCCGGCCGAGGCACCCGCUGCUGAGAUCGACCUCUCGUCGGUCGAGACUGUGCUGGCUGAGAUCAAGGCUCGCUUUGAUGAGCUGCCGGCCGAGGCUACCGAGAUUGACCUCUCGUCGGUCGAGACUGUGCUGGCCGAGAUCAAGGCUCGCGUCGAUGAGCUCCCGGCCGAGGCUGCACCCGCUGCCGAGAUCGACCUUUCGAGUGUGGAGACUGCGCUGGCUGAGAUCAAGGCUCGCGUCGAUGAGCUGCCGGCCGAGGCUACCGAGAUCGACCUUUCGAGUGUGGAGGCUGUGCUCGCUGACAUCAAGGCCCGCAUUGAUGAGCUGCCGGCCGAGGCUACCGAGAUCGACCUCUCGUCGGUCGAGACUGCGCUAACCGAGAUCAAGGCCGGACUCGGACGAGACGCGCUCACUGGCUUGCACUUCAAGCUCACCGCAGCUGCAAAGGAGUCUGCCGCCGCCAAGGGCAAGCUGGAGCACGUUUCGACUUCACUCGACAACCUUGUUCGCAAGGCCACCGCCGAGAAGGACGCGCUCGCCCAGCAGCUUGCCGACCUCAACGCCGACCUCUCCGAGGCGAAGCAGACCAACGCGGAGCUCAUCGCCGCCCUUGCCGCGACAGAGGCCAAGCUCGACAUGACUUCCAAGUCGUCGACGAGCCUCGCCAAUGUCCUCGCCGCCGUCACCGAGCUCUCUGCCAACAUGCCACGCCCCGAGCCGGUCGAUCUGGCACCCGUCCUCGCCGCCAUAGCCGCUCUCGACGUGUCCAAGCCCGACCUCGCUCCGGUCGUCGCCGCCGUCGCCGCCGUCUCGGCCGAGGUCAAGGCCGAAACCGCCACGCUCACCGCGGCCCUCGACGGAAUUGCCAAGACACAGGACCGCAUCCUUGUCGACGCCUUCACCGCCGUCGAGCGCGAGUCGCGCCUCCUCGCCGAGCUGUACAACAUGAAGGUCGACGAAGCCCAGCGCUCAGUCGAGACCGCGUCCGAGGUCAUCGCCUCCUCGCUCCUCGACGCCAUCGCCGGGCCCAAGACCGCUGAUCCGCUUGUCCGGGCCACCACCGAUGCCACGUUUGACUCGGCCCAGGCCGCCCGUCUUGACCUCUCGCGCCGCGAGCAGCUCGCCUUCCUCGAGUCGCAGGUCGCCCAGCUCGAGUCGUCGCUCGCCGGCGAGAGCAGCGAGCUCGAGAGCUCGUCGUAACUGACCGUGCCGUUUACUUCUCGCCGCUCUCUUUGAGCAUCGCCUCGAGCUUCAUCCGGAUGUGCAGCGCAAUGAGCUCGAUGCCGACCUCGUUGUACGUACCCUGCGGGAGAAUGAUGUUGGCGUACCGCUUGGUCGGCGCAAUGUACACAUCAAACGCCGGCUUGACAUACUUCUCAUACUGGUCAAGCACGGAUGCCAGCGUCCGGUCACGCUGCGCCAUGUCGCGACGCACCCGCCGCGCCAGCCGCGUAUCCGAGUCCGAGUCCACAAACACCUUGAGGUCCAUCAGAUCACGGAUACCCUCGUCGUACAGCGCAAAGAUGCCCUCAAGCACAAUGACGUCGGCGCGCUCAAUGCGCUUCUCCACGCCCACUCGGUUGUGCUCUCCAAAGUCGUACAGAGGAAUGUCGACAGGCUCACCGUCCACAAUAGACUGCAGCGUCUUUUUCAGCAGAUCAAAGUCGAUUGCAU